UCUCUGUAGCUUUGGAGCCUGUCCUAGAACUAGCUCUUGUAGACCAGGCUGGUCUCGAACUCACAGAGAUCCACCUGCCUCUGCCUCCCGAGUGCUGGGAUUAAAGGCGUGCACAACCAUUGCCUGACUGUUCAUUAACAUCUGGACAGUCACCAAGCUGCCUUCCUCACCAGUGAUGCUGCCUCCCCCAAAUAUUUGGGGCUCCUUGCUCUUCCCAGCCUUUGUACCCCAUUUGUGCCCCUGCAGUAAGACUGCAGAUUCUCCCAGAGACUUCUAUCCUGAGUCCAAACUGGCCCAAGUGCCAAUCAGGUGCCCUGUCAGUUCUGUAUUCUUGUGGGUCACUCAGCCUCCUUUCAUUUAUUAGCAAACAUGAUCUGGAACUCUUGUGCAUGCCAGGUGGCACUGUGCCAGCUCUGAGGGUACAGUGGUGAACAAGACAGACAUAGCUCCCGCCUCCAGGGAAUUCAUUCACAAUGAAUACACAAAACAAGAUACACAAACCGAGACUAAGCCCAUUUUAAGUUGUGAAGGGGUGCCAGACGGGCUUCCUGCCCUGCAAGGAGAAAGCCUUUACCCAGCUUCUGGGUCUGCAGUUCACUCCUGACGUUUGCCUCUCCUUCCAGCCCUUCAGCUUCUCCCCCAUUUUACUCUUCCCAUCUCCAGGCUCCCAUUUGGCAAACAGCCACUGGGCGUCUGUGGUGACCAUAUGGAUACAGACACUGGCAAACAGCGUAGUGUGGGCCCAGGGAUGGACAGCUCACACACACACACACACACACACACACACACACACACACACACACACACGGAGUGUCGGGUGGUGAACCUGGGCGGGAAAGCAGGACUGUUCAUAGUGCUGGGUACCUGGAGGACGGGGACAAGUGAGAGCCACAGCAGGUAGUGUGCAGAGUCUGGGCUAAUAACACGGGGAGCAGGCAGUGUGCACAGAUCCCGCACAGAAGCCAAGCAGGGACCAGUCAGAGGAGCUGUCCUGCCCGCCACCCACGUCCUUCAGGAUCUCUGACAAAGGACUAGAGACCUGGCGAUGCAGGUCAUGAGUGGCUGCCUUCUUGGCAGGGCAGAUAACGGUAGCACGCACCACAAAAUCGGGUGGCAGGGGUUGCUGAGGAGCUGCACCUUUUUAAAAAGUGGCCUGAAAAGAAAGUUCUAGUCGAACAGAGCACGAAAUGCUGCUGUCUCUGUGGAAAGGGAGCAGCGCACACAGCCACAGUCGUGGUCAGAGGCAGGAGAGUGGCAGGGUCGGGAGUGGCACCACUUGACAAGGGUUUGGGGUGUGUUCAGAGGGAUGGGUAGGCAGGGGAUCAUGGGUAGGCCUGGGAGCAUUAGGGUAAGAGGGAAUGUGAAGAACAUUCCACACAGAGUUUGGAAUUUGCCAGUUAUAAUUCAUGGUAGGGUAGGGGGGUCAUGCAGGAACUGGGGGUAGAUUGGUCCCAGCGCCAGAGAGCCAGAACGUACCUGUACCUAAGGAGAGGCAGGAAACAUUAACCUAGAUACCUGGAUGACACCGUCCUGUGGAGGCUCGUGUUGCCAGGGAGAUGGAUAAACACAGGAACCUGGUCUGCCUCUCUGACCAAGAGGUGUGAGUGGAGGGCUGGCCUGUGGCCUGGAGGUCUGCUGAGAUCUCCAGGAGUGGGGUUGGCUAGUGGGGCAUUGGGAGAGGCUUACCCUGAAGCAAGUGCUUGACUCUCUGAACAUCAUCUUCGAUGGCCUAGUUGCAAUUGUGGCGGAACCAGGCUACAGGUGAAGUUUUGUCAUGGACUCUUCUGGCGCUGGGAACAAGUUCAAGGCCUCUCUGUCCCCGAGGGAAGGACCUUCCCUCCCUCGCCCCGUCCUGCCCCUGACUGAACUCCGCAGCGUCUCCCCAGGGGACACUACCAGGCCAUGGCCCCCAGCCGCGCUCCCCGCCCGCGCACCCCGCGACAGGUGGUGCGGGCGCCGCCGCCGCUCGCCUGGAAAUGCGAGCUACCUGGACAGUGACAUUUCUGAGAAGUCCCCUUCAGCUUCAAGAGACAAGAAGAGCCAUGCCUUCAGGGCUUGCCACUGUGCAGACGUUGUUUUCCAGGACUCACAAAAAUCCUCAAUCCCCAGCCAUGGGCAAAAGAUGCCAUCAGGCAAAACUGUGAAGAAGGCGUCAUCACCGCCCUUGUCACAGACGUGGAAACGAGACCGGGAGCAAUCUCUGGCGGCAGCCUUUGUACCUGUAGUGGUGGAUCCUCGGGGGCAGAACCCGGAUAAAUGCAGGUUCAAUUUCUACACCUCCCAGUAUUCCAACUCUCUGAACCCCUUCUACACCUUGCAGAAGCCCACCUGUGGCUACCUGUACCGCAGGGAGACUGACCACACCCGCAAACGUUUUGACAUUCCUCCAGCAAAUCUGAUCUUGUGGCACACCUAGGUCCAUGACGUCUGAAGUCCCCACCCUGCACCUUCAUCUCCCUGCUCCUGGGUCCCAGAGGGAGGGCCAUUCGUUUCUGGAGGAGCAGGUAACACCGCCGUUGACAGCAGAGGAGGCUUCUCAACAACAAUAAACUUUGUUCUUCCUUUU